GGGGAGGUGCGAGUUGGUAGAAGGGACAGGUCUGGGCAGCUCUCGGUGGUUGGCACCAGUUCGCGCACCCAUUCAAGCAGCAGGACGCACUUGUCCUCGCAGUUCUCGCUGGCCGCGCUAGCUGCGGCUUCUGCCUUUUCUCACUCCGAGCUCAUCAACCAACGUCCUGGCUUCCGACCUCACCAUGCCUGGCCUUUGGGACCGCUUCUCGUCGUCCUCCUCUUCGUCCUCGUCCCGAACGCCCACCCCAGAUCGGCAGCCGCGCUCAGCCUGGGGGUCGGCGGCCCGAGAGGAGGGGCUUGACCGCUGCGCGAGCCUGGAGAGCUCGGACUGCGAGUCCCUGGACAGCAGCAAUAGUGGCUUCGGGCCAGAGGAAGACUCGGCAUAUUUGGAUGGGGUAUCCCUCCCCGACUUCGAGCUGCUCAGCGACCCGGAGGAUGAGCACCUGUGUGCCAACCUGAUGCAGCUGCUGCAGGAGAGCCUGUCCCAGGCGCGACUGGGCUCUCGGCGCCCUGCGCGCCUGCUGAUGCCGGGCCAGCUGGUGAGCCAGGUGGGCAAGGAGCUCCUGCGCCUGGCUUACAGCGAGCCGUGCGGCCUGCGGGGAGCGCUGCUGGACGUCUGCGUGGAGCAGGGCAAGAGCUGCCACAGCGUGGGCCAGCUGGCCCUGGACCCCAGCCUGGUGCCCACCUUCCAGCUGACCCUCGUGCUGCGCCUGGACUCUCGCCUCUGGCCCAAAAUCCAGGGGCUGUUCAGCUCAGCCAACUCUCCCUUCGUCCCUGGCUUUAGCCAGUCCCUGACGCUGAGCACCGGUUUCAGAGUCAUCAAGAAGAAGCUGUACAGCUCCGAGCAGCUGCUCAUUGAGGAGUGUUGAACUUCAGCCUGGGGGGGCCGUACUGCCCCCGCAGCGGAGCCAAGGGAACUUUUGAGGUGGAGGCCAGCAGGCAAGGGCUGCGGGACUGAUGCCUGUGUUAGAAGACUGACGACAGCCACCUGAAGGGCCGAGGUUCAGGCAGGGGACCUUGGAAAAGUAGUGUUUCCAAGAGCCGACUAGGUUGUGUGCAGGUGGCUCCCUCCUGGGGCACAUGCCCCUUAGUACUGUAGCAUGAAACAAAGGCUUGGGGGCCCACCAGGCUUCUGGCUGGAUGUGUAUGUAGCAUGUACCUUAUUAUUUUGUUAUUACCGAUAGUUAUAACAGUGGUGUGACAGAGCCAGGAGGCAGCUGGGCUGUGCUGGCCUCUGCAAGGGGUGUGUGGCUCACCAUGGCAGCAAAGAGGGAGGGGGGAGGUCGUGGAGGUGGUUUGUGUAUCUCAUGGUCUGAGGGGACCAAGUGUGCGUGUUGGUUGUUUUGUAUCUUUUGUUUGGGGGAUCAGAGCUUCACUACUGACUUGUAGGCAGCUAUCUUACAGACGCAUGAAUGUGAGAGUAGGAAGGGGUGGGUGUUGGGAUCACUUGGGAUCUUGGACACUUGAAGAAAAAGAAAAAUAUAUACACUUGGUAGCUGCGUCCAACCAUCCCCUGCCAAGAACUGGCGAGAAGCUGUGAGGGGAUGGGGCUAAGUGGGGCCGGGGGCUGGAACCCCUCCCCCAGAGGAGUGCCAGCUGGGUCUUCCAUCUAGAACUGUUUACAUGAAGAUAUUCACUGUUCAUGAAUACACUUGAUGUUCAAGUAUUAAGACCUAUGCAAUCUUUUUUACUUUUCUAAUAAACAUGUUUGUUAAAACAGUUGAGUCAAAUCAGUGCCAUGAAAUGGAAAGGAGGGGAUUGGGUGCUGGGAAAGGCAGGUUUCAUCAGACUCCGAGGUCCACCUGUGUGUUCCUUGGCCCUUUCCAGUACUACCCGCCAGCCUGGUAACAGUUACGUGGAUUAUGCCAUCCAUGCCAAGAACUCUGGCUCCCCUGGAGCUACCGGGGGAAUGUAUUGGAAAGCACCCCAAGGUGAGAGAUGAGUCAGACCUCCCUCAGAGCCAGUCUCAGUAGGGAGAGUUUAUCUGGCUGCCCAGAUUAGAAGGCCCAGGCACAAGGGCUUCCUGAGCCUAAGG